AAGAAGUAACUCCAAAUAUAAUCUUACAGCUCAAAAAUAUUACCAUAUAAAUCAUAUGGUAAUACUUGUGAAGUACACAACGAUGCAAAGCAAUGCCAUAAAUAUAUCAGUACAACAACAAACCUACAGUGAAGUUUAAAAGAAACAAGAUUUGGGAAGCAAAGAGGGACUCAAGGCAGCUAUUUUAUUUUAUGUAAAGUAAUUUUUCAUAGAAGUUUGUUGUGAUUGAAUGUAGAAUCGAUAUGUCAGAUACGUUAAAUACACCACCAACAUAUGCGUGGGUAUGGAAUGCGUUUUCAAAAAAACUCGCAGGAACUGUAACGAAGCCCACAUUGAAUCCUCCAAACAAUGUUUACGUUGAAGAAGUGAAUCCUGAGGAUGAAGAAAACAAGAUUCCCGAGGAUAGUUUAAGGCCUAUGGAUGCGCUUACACCUACAAAACAGAAGAAUGGGCAAAAUGGUAUUUUGAAGACGCCUGGCACGUUACAAAUCAAGAAGUCAGUGAAUUUUAAAGAUCAUCUUGGUGAUGACUCGCUGAACCGAGAGUUGCAAUCAAAAAAAUAUGAAAAAGAGGAUAUAGAGAAUAAUCGGAGACACAAAAGUCGAUUCAGUGACGAUUUCGACUAUGAUUUUGAGGAUAAGUAUUUCUCUCAGCCUUCAUCCAAGCAGCUUGCCUAUAAAUUAAGUCGAGUAGCUAAAAUGGAAGGUAAAAACGAAAACUUUAUUAACUCUAGACAAAAGGAAGUACAUAGGUUUCCACUGAAGCACGGCAAACAAGAAGAAGCUCGUUCUGUGGAUGGUCAUGGAUUGCUACGCGAUCAGGGUAACCUAAAGUUCAAUAUGGAGUCGAAAAAAACGCUGCAUACCACAGAAGCAAAGAUGCCAAAACCAGAAUCUUCGGAUACUAAAGAGGAAAAUUCGGAGUGGUCAAAGCUAAUCAAGGAUUGUUUUCGGGAUGUAGUAAACAAUAAUCGAAAAAUGAAAAAUAUCAUACACGAUGUUUUGGUUGACACGUCGCACUUAGUUAACUCAACUGAAAUUCCGGAUGAAGUUGACUACACGAUAAACCUAGACGAUCCUAUGUCUUCGUCGGGAAAAUACUGGAAACAAAAAUUUGGUUUGCUUGAAACCGCUCACAGUGACUUGGAAGAAGAAUUGAGUAAAAUAAGGGAAAGGGUAGAUGCUAUAAUGAUGGAGAGGCAGGAAGAAAUUUCGUUUUGGAAAAGAAGAUGCAAAUUACUAGAAGCGGAAAAUGAUCGAAUCUCUCGUUUGCAAAGGAAUCAUGAAUUAAAAUUUUCCGAACCUCAAACAUAUAUCGAUCCAAAACCAAAAGACAAUUAUUCAAUAACCAAUGAUUUGGAAAUUCCUCAACGGGAGAAUAGUCUGUUUCAGCCCAACGUCCCAGAAAGAACCACGAAAUCUAGAAAGCCCUCCAAUAUUACUUUUUCUAAUCCGUUAGAUAUGUCAUAUUUGGCAGCAGAGAUGUUGUCCCACUCGGCGAAGAAGAAGCAAUCCAACGAUAGUUUCUUCAACUUCGGGGACGGUGCUGGUCCGAUUUCGUCUACUCCUGUAUCCGCAGCUUCCAAAGUUCGACAAAGGUUAUUACAUGCGACUCAAACUCCGACCCCAGUACCCGUGACGAACCGAAGAAAAGAACCUCAGAUCAAGCCAAGUGAAAUUGAAGAUUCUUUCAUGCCACCCAUGGGUUUACUAUCCAAAAACCAUGAGCUAGCCGACCGACAACUUGCCCAUCAAAAAGAGCCCGUGAACACAGAUUUUCUGCGCGGGGCUCCUUCUAUGCGAAACAGGCAGAAAUUUACGCUUACUGAAAUCCUACCUUAUGAGCAGGAAUUACAACCCAAAACUUCAUCAAAAGCUACUGAACUAACGGCUGAGCAAAAGCUUUCAAAGGAGCGCUCGGCAAAAGCUAGGAUUCGUUUGGAAGAAAGAAGGCAGAAAAGAGGAAUUGCCUGAAAAUCUAACUUGAAUGGUCUUACUGUAGUGAUGAUACUUUUAUGACUUUGAUUUUGAUGAUAAUGGGUUAUGAACGACGCUAGUGAUCCUCUAAUAAGUAUUUUAAGUAUUUUUGUUUUGAAUGAAAAAAUG